AUGGGCGACCUUCCAAUGGCCGUGACGACGAGCAGAGUCAUUCGAGCUUCAAAAACAAUUGAUCGUGCGAGUUUUGCUCCCUUUGGAGAGGUGAUUGAAAGACCAUCGUCGCCGGCGAAGAAUUCUGCUGUGAGACAGCUGCGGUCGGUCAAGGCCAAUCAAGGAACUGCCACCAAAUACCUCGACGUUACAUAUUUGGACAACCACUAUGCCACUCAUGCAUCAAGUGGUAAACAGGGCAACAGUGUUGUCAACAUGUUUGAUUGUGAGCCGAGAGAUCUGCAAGCCCAUUCCGGCACGGUAGGCAAGGUCUUCCCGGUGGAGAUUCUGGAACGACAUCCGUAUACAAGCCAGACGUUCAUCCCGCUUGGAAUCGCCGCGGGGGAUGCUGAAACCAAGUAUCUCGUCAUUGUCGCGCCGACUCUUCUACCCACCAAAAUAGAGACGGUGCCGAAACCAUACCCCACACCCCCAACCCCACGGAGGAGGAGAAGCUUGAAGGAACGCUUGAUGGGUGCGAGGCCGAAUCCGUUCACCAAUGAUCAUGCUCCGAGAACCACACCUGCUUCAACGCUCGAGCCGGAGAGGAGACCUAAAGGUCCAGGGAUGCCGGAUCUCGAACGAUUGCAGGCCUUUAUCGUGAAAGGCGACCAAGCCGUCACGUAUGGACCGGGAACAUGGCAUGCUCCGAUGGUUGUACUGGGAAGUAAGUCUAUUCCAUUUGUUGUCGUGCAGUAUGCAAAUGGAGUUGGCGAGGAAGAUUGUCAAGAGUGCUUGGUUAGGAGUGAGGGUGGUGGGGAGGGAGUCGUUGUUGAUGUCGAUGGUGGUGAUGGUGGUGAUGAGGAUUCCUCGGCUAGUGGAGCGGGAAUCAUGCGAGCGAAAUUGUGA